AUGUCUCAAAACCAGCAAGUCGCCUUGAUAAUAGGCGCAUCACGUGGAAUCGGGCGCCAAAUCGCCAUCGACCUAGCAAAGAACGGCUAUGCUGUAAUGCUAUCCGCAAAAACCACAUCGGAUGCAUCAACAGUGACCCCAUUCCCACCGGACCCAAACUCAUCACAGUCCACCAUCAACACCGUAGAGCGGGAGAUCCGCGAAGCGGGCGGACACGCAUCAACGGUCGCCGUUGACGUGCGCGACGCGGCGCAGAUCCAGCAUGCCGUCGAGGAGACAGUGCGCAUCUUCGGGAAGCUCGAUGUGCUCGUGUACAACUCCGGCGCGAUCUGGUGGUCUUCUGUUGAGAAUACGCCUCUCAAGCGGUUUAAGCUUAUGCAGCAGGUGAACCCUGAGGGACUUUAUGCGACUGUUCAGGCUGCUUUGCCUUUCUUUGAAAAGGCAGGCUGGAAAGGACGAAUUGUUGUUGUUUCGCCGCCUAUCUAUUCGAGGUUCUUUAGGGGGAAGACUGCUUAUGCGAUGGGCAAAGUCGGAAUGAGCGUCUUGGUCAAAGGCCUGGCCAUGGACUUUGUGCGUCAAGGCCGAAAUGAAAUGGCGGUGACGAGUAUCUGGCCUGCAUCGUCGAUUGUGUCAGCAGCUACAGAGCAUAAUAAGGGCUCCGAUGCGUCUUACAAAAAGGAUUUGAGAAAGCCGACGAUAUUCUCAGAUGCUGUUCUGGCCAUGCUACGUGCCCCACACCAAGUAGUGAACGGCCUCCUGGAUACAGAUGAGGACUUCCUCCGGGAGAAAUGUGGUGUCUCUGAUUUUUCCCAAUACUCUGUAAUCCCAGGAUCAACGCCGAGGCGGAUUAUGCCCGCCAAGUUCCCAGCACUGGAGGUUGCCGAACAAGACGAUGAAGGGCAGCGAAUGGAUAGCACGAAGGUGCGGGCAAAGAUAUAG